AUGUCAAAUUUUGGUAGGAGAACAUGGAACAGAGAAGAAUAUGCCCAUCCAAUUACAACUACGUAUGAGGCCUCUUUGGAGGGUUCAUUAUCCGCUACAGAGUUAUCAGCGUUAAAACAAAAAUAUACAAACUAUGACCAAUUAAUGAGAGAUUCUAAUAAAGGUAUCAAUAAGAAAUUGCUAACUACUGGACUUAGUGAAUUUAAGAAAGGUAAGCAAUUUGGGUUCUAUUGUACAAUUUGUGAUUUGACUUUUAAAGACACUCUACAAUUUAUUAAUCAUUUGAAUCAUAAGACUCAUGAGAUUAAAUUCGAAAAUUUGUUUAAAGAACCGUUAAUCCUGGACCAAAGGGAUAAUGAUGAUAUUCCUGAUGCAGAAUUUAAAUUGGCUUUUCAAAAUGCUGUUCAAGAUUUCGUUAGGGCUUCUGGAAUUAAGAAAAAAAGGGAAGAUAAUGGUGACAGUGACAGAAAGAAAAAUAAAUCUGUAAAAUGUAAUAUAGCAAAAUCAAACGCAUCAUCUUCAAAUAAUAAUGAAAUAGCGAAGAUGAUGGGGUUUCAGUCCUUCGGUUCGUCAAAGAAAUGA